AAAAGAAAGAAAAAAAAAAACCAUCCAUUAGUUUACGGCGCAUAAUCAUGUAUGAAUUACAAUUAAUCUUCAUUUCUCUCGACUCACGGCCACCGAAAAUGGCGGCGCAUGUUUUCCAGCCAACUUCCCGGCCAGCAGAAACCAGUAGCAAAACUUUCAAUCUCGGCCCCGUGGCACGUCGCUCAUAAAUUCCCGUGAGGCCUUUCCCUCCGCCGGCUGAAAACACACAACCCGGAAAAAUCACGUUUGCGGAGGAAGUCGUCUUCGAGAAGCGUCGUCGUCGUCUUCGAAGAUCUCCUCGGAUGCUCAAACAAGCCGUAAAUCCUAGACCCGACGCUGGCUGCGACUUCAACCCCGGACAGGUCUCUGCGGUGGGGGAGUUGGACGUGUGCGCACAGGUGUACCAACAUAAUUGCAGUCUCGACAGCGAAGAUAACCGGUUCCAUUGGAGGCAUUUGAAGUUGUUUGAAGCCCUGAAGAACGGAGCAAAAUGUAGAACAACAACUACCCGGAGUCGGCGUGGUCGGGGCAUUCGAAACGGAACGCGACCCGCGGUGGGAAUUGAUAGUGUCGCGCUUAUCUGGCGAGGUUAUCUGCUGGGCUGCGAUAGGGAUUUGGGACUUAUCGGUUGGGUAAUUUCGCUUUUAGGCACCUCAUUUUGGGACUUGACACUGCCAAUCGUAACGAGGCGUUCACUAUCUCCCGGUGGAACUGAAUUCAUUAGCUUUCUUCACGUUUGUCACAAAUAGGAUUAAAGAAGGGGAACAAGUGGCCAUUCCGAAUUAAACUUUAAUUGAAAAGAAUUAAUUAACUGUUUUUAUCACUCUCUUUUCCUUUCGAAACUGCGUUGCAACUUGCAAGUCAAAGCGGAAUUCGGAUUCUAACCCUCCCAACCCUCAAGUGGCAUUGUGACCAACGGGGAAUGAGUUAUGACGCC